CUAGCCUGAAAACGGCUGGCCCGCGGGUGGGAUCGGGCGACUCCCGGCACCGCGCUGUCCGUUAGGCACCGCGGAGAGUCGUCCUCCCGCCAGUCAGCGGGCCGGGGGCACCCGAAGCGAGAACGCUGCUUGCACCAACAGCAUUAUCACCUUUUCUUCCCGACCGCAGAGAGCCUCUGGCAGCCCACGCCCCACUACCGCUCCGCGUUUUAGCCAAGCCCUACCGGGAUCCAGGGCGGGCCCGGCGCGGCGGCAGCGCGCACGAAGCCAAUGGCCGGAGAGCGAGCUGGGAGCCCGGCAGCCGCCGCGGGGUCCCAGCCUGCGGGGCGGGGCCUGCCAGCGCUUAUAGGGGCCGGGCCGGGCGGUGCCCGGGAGGUCGAGGGCGCUUUCCGCCAUGUGUCGCCGCUGAGCACAGCUGGGAGGCGUUCAGCGGCCGUGGGGUAGAACGGCAGCACUGCGGGAGCUGGGGACAGACAGCUUUGCGGCUUUUGUACUCCAGAGCUUUACCCUUCGCGGCUUUCUGUUAUCUCUCCUCGGUGUUUGGCACUUCUGAGAAGGCGGCGGCCGAUCGCCGGAAGCCCAGCUGCCGUUCAGUGCGCUGCCGAAAGAGCUGCCCCGGUUCUCCUGCGCGGUGGCAAAAGCAAGCGGGAAGUGAUGCUGCUUGUCUCCUGGGGCUGUUUGCGGCCCGUCCGGGCUCCCGCAGGCGUUGGCGCCGUCUGAGUAAGCCGGCGAGGACGCGGGGCGAUUAAGAGAGCGCAGAACGCUUGCGCGACCCAAAACCGCCCGUGGCCAUGCGUGCUGGUAGCGUCCGGCUUGGACAGCUCGCCGGUCCCGGUACCGGGUGAUCGCGGCGGAGCAGCAGCAGGGCAGAGCUGUGGAGACGCAGCCCCGCGCCGCCGGGAUCAUGGUGAAGGAGGAAUGCAAAGCGCUGCUGGACGCGCUCAACAAGGUGACCGCCUGCUACCGACACAUGGUGCUGACCAUCGGCGGCACCUCGGACUCGCAGAACCUGCGGGAGGAGCUCAAGAAAACCCGACAGAAGGCCCAGGAGCUGGCGGUGGCCAACAGGAACAAGCUCACCACGGUCCUGAAGGACAAAACCGUGAGUAAGGAAGAUAAAGCCGAAUUCGAGAGGCUAUGGGUGAUUUUCUCCACGUGCCUAGAGAUCCUGGAGAUCGAUAUGAGGAGAGCUCUGGAGCUAGGUCACGAGUUCCCGCUAAAUGUCCCCAAAAAGCACCUGAUCCAGACAGGCAUGAGCGGGGGAACCUCUGGCGUGGCCGCCAGGGCAAUGAGCGUCCAGAACAUGAAAUACGAGGCUGAGCACAAUAUAGACGUGGUGGAUUUGAAAGACCUCGAGAACGAAAUCAACCAGGUAGGAGAGAUGAUGUACGAGAUGGAAAUGAAGGUCAAUGUCCCCCAGUGGACAGUAGAGGCUAAACAAGACCCAGGGGCUGAAUUAAAAUCCACCAUCAGUGUGGGCGCUUCUUCUAUUGGUAUGAUCUCUGUGGAGGAAAACAAAUCCUUCUGCGAUAUCAGCAAGGUUCUAGCUGGGAUUAUUUUCUCCGCUGUGCUCAUUAUCGCUAUUGUCCUGGCAGUGUGCGUGGUAAAACUCUCUUAGGUUGGUGCAGGCUCUGACAAGAGUGAACCCUCUCCCGUCUAUUUGGAACGUUUCAUGCCUCACCUUUAAUUUCAAAACGGGUCACUUGGAUGAGCUGAGAAUUUAAACUUAACACUUGAAAAAAAAGAAGCAAACAAAACUUUGCCUCUCAAUGUCCUAAGAUGCAUGAUUUUUUCUUAUGAAGAAGAGAAAUGUAAACCAGCCUGCGGAAUAGGAUGUCUGUCUGCUGGACUCGUACGAGUUAACAGUGAAGUAUCAGGGUAUUACCAUUACUGGCUAUUACAGCGAUUUGACUGCUAUUAAUAGAAGCCUGUGGGUUUUGUUCUUGAAUAGGCUCUGAUGUUUGCUGCUGCUCACUGGUUAUAGUAUUUGAGGUAACAGAUUUGAAGGCUAACACGGGUGUUUUGUCCAACAAAGCGGAGGGGAGGUGUUCAUCAAAUACACAAAAUAUUUCAGUGGAGGAAACCGGGAAGGAUGAAAGCCUUUUAUUAAAUAAAAAACCCCGAUUUUAACUGAGUUAGUGGCUGGAGGAGGACGGGAAAACUGAACAAGCAAUGUUUGACACCAAAUAGUAUUUGCUUAUUUAAGGCUAGAGCGUACAGAACGCAGUUGCAUGGGCUGCCACGGCACACCCGAAUGACUAAUCGCUUUCUAAACCCAGAGGGAAAAAAGGAGGAGUUGCACAUUGAGAAAAAUACUAGCAAGCCUGGAGGUUCUCAUCUACGUUUACCAUGAUUUUGUCUUUUUCUGGGGAAAGGCCAGUUCUCACCACUGGUUCAGUUUUUUACUUGCUGUAGAAGCAAGUAGUUUGCACUUCACAUUUAACUUUGAAUGUAGGAGCAAUGAAUAUACCCACAGCAGAAGCAAUAAUUUUUGAAAAUAGGUUCUGGCAAACAAAUUAGUGAAAUUAAAGCAAACCUUUCAACUCAAAAAGAGAUCCCCUCUCUCAUGUUGACAGGCAAGGACUGAUGCCUGUAUGUGUACAGUCACAUUUCUGGAGGCUGCUGACUUCUUGGCAAAAAAAGACGGGCAAAGCUAGAAAUGUCUCAGCCUCAUGAUUAAUUUGGGAAACGGGAAGCUUGUGGGAUUGGCCCAAUCUGAUACACUGCAAUGCUGGAAGGGAAAUGAAAGAGCAGCGUGAAACUUUGCAGUGCUUCCCUACGAAACUGUCAGUGUUUAAAUGUACAACUCAGGGGGACAGACACUAACUUUGCAGAGAAUCUCUGUAAUAUUUUAUAAAAGGAUUUGUGUAUUAUGGUAUUUAUUAUGUUACUUAGUGGGGAAAUGUCUUCUGUGACUGUGAACACAGGCCAUCCCUUCGGGAGUGCCUGGCACGUAAUUUAUAAUGCCCUAGGUAUAUGGGGCACUCCACAGGCAAAUAGACCCUGUAACUGCAGUUUUUAUAAGUUACUGUUCUUCUGCAUUGAUUAUUAUCGACACACCAGAAGUAUCAGUUGGAGGUGUUUUGUGAAGUUACUAGAUAAUAGUCUUCAUGCCUGUUAAAUAAAACCGUUGACAACACUCAUGAAGUGCUAAUGUUUUUGAAAUAAGAACUAAGCAUACUUUGAAAAACUGCAGCAAACAGUUUUAAGUUGUAAAGAACUUGGUUUGGGGAGGAAAAGGGUGUGACAAAUUUGAAUCUGGUUAUUUGAAGGUGAGGAGAAAUAGUUAGUGGAGGCUGUAGACUAUCAUUGUUUUGAAGGAUAACAUGCUUCUGCACACUGAUCUAGUAUUGCCCUGUUCUCGUGGAAAUUCACAGCCUGAGAUGACUCCAUGUUUCUUUCUACUGUAUUAAACUCAUUCCAUGGGUUCACAGAGAUCCCCAACAGCAUUCUAACAAAGUCAAGUGUUUUUUGGUGCCACUGCUCCAAGUCUGUCUAGAUAAGGUGUUCAUUUAAAUCGUGUCUCCUUCACAAUCAUGCUGAGUAAACAACUGGACAGCAGCAAAAUCUGCAGGAGAAUGUGCACAGGGGAUUGUCACCACUAGUCACUGAAGACUUGUGGGUGUUUUUUCAAUCUCCUUUUGCUUGGUUCACAGAAAGGCAGAUGAGAAGUUGGAUUCUGCUUUGUGCUUCUUGAAAACUCUGUUCUCUUUGAAACCAGAUUGUUAAACACGUUCGGAAAAAAAUCAGUAAUGCAAGUCUGGUUUUUGGUGGAUAAGUAAAAUGUAAUACCUGCAGCAUUCAUUACCUUGAAUCCUGUUAUCCUGAAGCAAGUGCACUGUCUAUCCAUGGCUAGGUGUGCAGAAGAAUUUGUAGGAAUAGGUAUUCUCAUCUCCAAAAGCAAGUCUCAGAGGGUAAAUUUUCAGUCUGUUGUUUUGUUUUUUUUUUAAUUUGGGUGUUUGGUACAGGACUAAAAGAAUUCAUGCAAGGAGCCUGUAAUUACAUAACUCGUAAUUCAAUAUGAAUAUGCACACAACUCGGAUUGGAAAGAUUGGGCCCGGGAAUUAAAUCUUAAGACAAAACUAACUGUUUAUUCCUAGAAAUCAGUUUCACCUUACAUUUAGGCUUUCUGGAAUGGAUUCUGUAGAAUUCACGAUUGGCAUCACCUCAGUGGGUAAUGCUUCUGCCAUUGCUACCAGUGUAUGCUCGAUGUGACAGAAGGGCAGGCAUGACAGUGCACCACAGCAAAACAAGACCAAGCCACCACGGCAGAGGUACUGGUGUGUCCUUUAACAAAUACAGAGAGAUACAGCUUUGCAGUCUUCAUUUUCUUUUCCCCACUGCAACUGGAAGAGACUGAAAAUGCUGGGUUUAAGUAGUAAACGGGUAGUCAAACUCCAUCUUCAAAUAGCAUGACAAUAUUGCAAAUACUGUCAUGCUUAUGAGUGAAGGAGCGUGUUACUGUGCUCUCAGUACAAAAGAAGAUGGUCAUUGCUUAAUUUCAGUGUUACUCUCCUUCAGUUCUUCUGUCUUUAUUCACAGGGUACACCUAUUAAAUUUGUUGUACACUAAAAUCUUGUUCCUAACUUGAAUUAUACUGGUUUUGCAUGUGCAUAGGUGGUAUUCGUGGCGCACUGAACAAUUCAAACUUCUUACUGUCACUAUUUAAGUUAAAAUACAUUCUUUUACUGAUUGGCUUGCAGCAUAAUUUAAACCAAACAAAACCUGGUAUGUUAAAAUGGCUUGUCAGGAACCCUAAACAAUAAGUUCAUAUUUAAACCAUGGGAAUAAAAGUAGCAUACUAAGCCUUCUCACUACAGGAUUCGUGAAGGGUUGGACUUGAUGAUCUGUGAGGUCUACUUCCAAUCCUAAUAAUACUGUGUGAUACUGUGAUAUAAAAGCACCCUUCUCAAGCUCCCAAAGUUCAAUAUAGUGAUAUAUCUUAAUUUAUACUGUAAGGGAAGCAACAGUUUCUAGAGUCUAGGUAUCUCUGCCUUAGGAAAUAGCUGCAGUAACAUCUAGGACACCGGGAGUGACGUUGCCUUUGGCAUUGCAUGUUUGCAUUGUUUAGAACGAACCACUGACUUCAGCAGCUGAAAACUAAAGAAAGCCCUAGACUAGAUCAAUGUGUUAGAUCCUCUCACUGUGUUAGGAUCCAAACUCUGCCUUCCUUCAGACAGCAAAGCUUGGAUUUACUUAACAAAAGAUACACAGAACCUAUGGAGCGUAAAACACGGUCCUCGGGUACUGAUAGCAAGAAUGACCAGUAAUUCUAUCAAGCUACCAGAACGCAGUCUGUUGAAUGCAGCAAUCCAAUAGACUCCCAGUCUAGCACUAUCAAACCCCUCCAGACUGCUUUUUCGUUUACUAACAAAACAACCAGAGACGUAAUUCAAGUGACUCUCCAUAAGCUGCAAACAAUGUAAUGUCAGUCUUCAACAUCAGUAAUGUGAAUUUUUUUCCAAAUUGUCGAUGCAAAUAUGAAAAUAUUUUUGGCACAAAUGCUGUUAUUUCAAAGCAGACUAAAUGGCCUGUGUCGUUAGCUGUUGGACUGAAAACUGAACAUACGCUUAUGGCUUGUAGCCCACAAGGACUGGUUAUGGACUUCUUUUUCUUCUCUUAUGUACAUGUUCCAGAAAUACCUUAUAUUUAAGUGCUAAUGGAACUCCUAGUCAACAUAUUUACCCUUCACAGAUUUUCAUUAUGUAAAAAGUCAUUCAGUAAGACCAGUGGAUUACAGAUCUCUAAGUGCUGUCUCUCAAUACGAUUAUGUAAGUCUUCUAAUGCAGGAAGAGAUCGAGACAAAAUAGUAGCCUACACGUGAGCAGAUUUGCUAUGGUAAGCAUACAAUAAAAGUGGGAUUAGAAAAGA